AACUAACAUGUGAUUUAUGAUUUUAGUUGAUUGACUUGAUUCUAUAUUAACAAACUUGUAAAUAAACCAUUUAUACAACAUCUUUGAAAAUUCUGAGAAUUUUGGUAUAAAUUGUAAAAUUCUAAGUCGAAUUAGUACAGAGAACUAGAGAAGAAAUUGGCAUUUCCCUCCACGGUCCUGCUCGCGCAGAGCUUCGAUCCAUCCGGCUAUGUGGCCCCGUUUUCAAUUCCACAGGUUUACAACCCUAAUCCAGAAAAUAAUGUCCGUCAAGCCCAGUAACGCGUAAUGAGAGACAUAAAUUGAGACGGGGGGAGUAUAAAUUAGCUCAAGACGAGAUUCAGAGGCCUGAGAGUUUGGGACUUCGUGGUCACAAAAAUGUGGAUCUGCCUAUGCGUUGGGGUAAAGUGAACCUAAUUGUAUAUUUAUUUGAAUUUCUGUUUAGUGGCAUUUUAGUAAUUUAAGUUGAAACCUAUAAGGCUAUAUGCCACAAUUUUUGUUCUUAGUUAGACCUCCCGCGUGGCCAUAUCCCCAGCAUGGAGUAUGUUUGAAAAGUUAGUUAUUUUAAUUUGGAUUGUUAUAAUCAAAUGUAUAUAUGGAUUGGUAUGCAAUAUAUGGGGAACAAUGACCCCCUCUUAGAUUACAUAUACUUCCUAUUCUCUUUGGAUGUUCAAAUAGAUUCCUUGGACUUUGUAAUGGUUUGUCCUUAGUCCUAUAACUGGCCAAAUUUUUAACUCUUGAUGCACGCUUUGUUUUGGGUUUGUUAUCCAUGAAUCAGUCAAUUGGCUGCAUACUGUGUUGCAAUUAUGGUACAGCAAUCAGUCCCAACAUUGUCAAUAUGUGUGUGAAUUGACUCCCUUUGGUGAUCAGUUCACUGAAGGAAUGAUGCCAUGUUUUCCGUAAAUACUCAUCUUGGUCAUCCCUUAAAGCCUGGGCCUGGGGAUUAUGCACUUGGUUAUGAUCUUCAGGGUGCCAAUUUUAAUAAGGAAGAAGCAGAACAUUGCAAAGCUUCACUCCCAGGUGUUGUAUUAAUAAAAAAAGAAGUUUGAUAAAAAGGAGCGAAAGAAUCUCCGCUCUGCUUCUAAUAGUGGUUUAGAACUAACCAAUUCUGUAUACAAACAGUUCCUGAGAUACUUAGAGGUCACCGAGAAUCAAGAUUUAAAUUCUCGUUAAUCAAGAUAAUGGGAAUGUAUAAUGACUAUAAUCUAGAAGGUCUUCUGCAUAUUUUAAAUAUAUACGGAGUAUUAUAAAAAUGUAAUAUUUCAAAACUAUAUUUCAAAAUAAACUUAUUCAUAUUAAUUUUAUAAAGUUGGCAUUUUUUGUAAUUCAAUGUACUUUUUUCAUAAUUUGUUAAGUAUUUUAAAAAGUUGGCCUUAAAAGUGAAAAUGAGCAGAUUUAAAAAGGACGGAGGAGUAUAAUUUUUGUUCUUUAAAUUAUUCACAUUCUCUGCGGUUCAUAUUUUAUUAUUUCACUGGAUCACUGGUCUCGCUCCGUUUUAGCGAUCGUCUCCUUUUACCUUGUUGUUUGUUCUACAGUUUUUUUCACAUAUCAUAAUUAGUCAAUUUUUGUGAAAUUUACUGAUGUUCUUAUUUACUCCGUAUCUUACUUCUUAAAUUAGUAUCAACUAGGGUUGUGCAUUAUUUGCUCCAAAUCAGGCGGCCAAACGAAUGGUCAAAACCGUUUGGUUCCAAUUCGGUCCGGUCUCUGGUCCAUCAUUUUCCCCUAUUCAGUUUCCAGUCCGAACCCGGCAGGACCGGUGCCCACUUUCUCUCAAACCCAGUACACCGAGCACUGAAACCAACAGUGAACCCUAUUUCCUCAUCAUCUUUGCCUACUCACCACGGCCAUCAUUGAAGGAUAUCACCUGUCGUUCGUCCACCAUUGAAGAACAUACAGACAGAGAGAAAGCCCAACUUAGAGAGAGAAAGAGAAUACAGUUGGAGUUGAUCACGGGAAGAAUUGGAGGAGGAAGAUCAGAUUAAUGCAAUUGCUGAUGAAGAAGUUAAGAAGUUUUCUCAAGAUCUCUACAGUGAUAACAAUGGGUGUUUAGCGGCAAUGAUUUCAUUGAUUAGAUGAACCACCACAUUAAAAAAUGUUUCUUAUGCUUGCUGAUGUGUAUCCUCAUGGGAGAAGAUGAGACAAAGCUCAUCCGUCAAGCAAGGAUGGCUGCCUGCAGACCUCGCUGCAGUGGCUGUUUUGCCCCGCAAACAUAACCCGUUGUAAUUGGUUUAAGAUGGCAAUCAGGACUUGAGAUGCAUUUCUUUAUUGGUUGAUUUUGCUCUUACCCUCCUAAAGACAGGAUGUUGGGGUAAUGCAAGGUUGAUUUAUAAGAGGAUUCUCAUGCAUGAUGUAAGAUAUGUGGCUACAUUUUGACUACACUCAACCUUGCAAAAGCUUAAUUCGAAUACUAUGUCAGAAAAUGGGGAAGAGGUUAUUAUAAGACGACGAUGCUGCCUCGUAUGGUUUGCGAAGUGAAUUUUCUAUGUCAUUGAGGGUGUAUGGAGAUCCUUCCCGAACUUUGUUAUGAAGAUUAAACACGCCUCAAUGCUAGGACACUGCGAUCGGUGAGGGAGAAGGCUUUUGUUUAAGAAGGUGUGUACAUAUGUGAGAGGAUUAUUGUGACGAGAAAUUUACUUAAAUAGCACUAAAACAUAAUGACUUUUUUUAAAUAGCACCACAUGUGUUUUUCUUCCCAAUGUAGCACUUUUAGUCAUUA